GUCCAUUUCGUCCCGUCCACCCUUCACUUCACACCGCUUCUUUCGUCUCUUGACAAACACACAGAGUCGACUGCCACAACCAUCUGCUUCACUAGACCAUCAGCUCCAGCUUGUUUCCUUGCUCGACCUCACGACUGACCUGUCCUCACCAUGGAAUCGUUCAUCAGAGACUACGACAAGAUUCUGAAGAAGCAGCGGGCUCUAGAGUCAAACGAUCCGCUGGAUAGGUUGAUUGCCGUCGUAAACGAAGCCAAAGAGAGGAUUCGGACAGACUCAUCAUCGGUUACGACUUCGCUGGCGACCCUCGGAAAGUCGUUCAAGACCGUCGCCAAUACUGUAUCCGACGAACAGAAGGAACUUCAAAGCGCGCUCUCGAAAUUCUCUAAAGCGAUCGACAAGAAAUUCACGGCGGAUACGACGGCUGCCAUUAACCCGCAUGCGUUCGACAACAAGGAGAAGGUUCUGCAGAAGACUAUUGCGCUGCAUUACAUCAGACAGGGGAAUUUCGAAGUCGGGGACAUGUUUGCAAAGGAAGCAGGACUGACAAUACCGGACUCGAUGCGCCAUCAGUUCAUGGAGAUGUUUGAAAUCGUGGCGGCGUUGAAGGAUAAUAACCUGGAACCUGCUCUACAAUGGGCUUUGAGGCACAGGACUGAACUGGAAAAGCGAUCCAGCACGUUGGAGUUCAAGCUGCAUCGCCAGAGAUAUUUGCAACUGCUCAUGACUGGACAGAAACAAGAAGCCGUUGCUUACGCACAAAAGAACUUUGGGUACUUUGGCACGCGCCAUAUUCAAGAAAUUCUACGCCUUAUGUGCAGUAUUAUAUUCAUGGAUCGCAUCAAGACAUCGCCCUAUGCAGACCUCGUGGCAUCCAACUCUAGCGACGAUAUCCAGCACAUGUUCACACGCGACUUUUGCAGCCUGCUUGGCCUUGCCUGCGAUAGUCCACUAUAUGUCAGUUUGACGGUGGGAACGCAGGCGAUGCCGACCAUAAUCAAGAUGGCGAGCAUCAUGAAGGCAAAGAAGACGGAGUGGAGCCAACAGAGCGAGCUACCGGUUGAGAUCAACCUUACAGAUGAUACAAAAUUCCAUUCCGUCUUUGCGUGUCCUGUCUCUAAAGAGCAGGCGUCGGAGGAGAAUCCACCCAUGAUGAUGAUGUGUGGGCACGUUAUCUGCAAGGAGAGUUUGCAAAAACUAUGCCGUGGAGCAAGCAACCAUCGGUUCAAAUGCCCGUACUGCCCAACAGAGUCGUUGGCAUCUCAGGCCAAGAAUGUAUAUUUUUGAACAAUAUCGUCGAGGUACUCGUUCGUAUAGUUCCUCGCGCUUCACUUGGUCUCUGCGACGACUUUGCGCGAAAUUGAGACGAUAGGGGAAUCCUUGUAAAUAAAGUUUCUAUAUUGCUGAAGGA